GAAAUGUCUGAUGAAGAGAUCAAAAAGAAGACACUUGCUUCAGCUGUAGCCUGUUUAGAAGGGAAGUCACCAGGGGAAAAAGCAGCAAUCAUCCAUCAGCACCUUGGCCGCCGGGAAAUGACAGAUGUAAUCAUUGAGACCAUGAAGUACAACCCAGAUGAGUUAAAAGAUACAAUGGAAGAAAAGGAGUCUUCAGAAGCAUCUCUCCCUACGCAGAAAAAUAGAGAUCAGAAUAAAGAAUGUGUAAAUGCAGCUCCUGACUCUCCAUCCAAACAGCUUCCAGACCAAAUUUCAUUCUUCAGUGGAAAUCCUUCAGUUGAAAUAGUUCAUGGUAUAAUGCACCUUUACAAGACAAAUAAGAUGACCUCCUUAAAAGAAGAUGUGAGGCGCAGUGCCAUGCUGUGUAUUCUCACAGUCCCUGCUACAAUGACCAGUCAUGACCUUAUGAAGUUUGUCGCCCCAUUUAAUGAAGUAAUUGAACAAAUGAAAAUCAUCAGAGACUCUACUCCAAAUCAAUAUAUGGUGCUGAUAAAGUUUAGUGCACAGGCCGAUGCGGAUAGUUUUUAUAUGGCAUGCAAUGGCCGCCAGUUCAACUCCAUAGAAGAUGACGUUUGCCAACUGGUUUAUGUGGAAAGGGCUGAAGUUCUGAAAUCAGAAGAUGGCGCCAGUCUCCCGGUGAUGGACCUGACCGAGCUCCCUAAGUGCACGGUGUGUCUGGAGCGCAUGGAUGAGUCCGUGAAUGGCAUUCUCACCACAUUGUGUAACCACAGCUUCCACAGCCAGUGUCUACAGCGCUGGGAUGACACCACAAAAGAGGGAAACCUUUGGAUUUGUCUCAUAUGUGGCCACAUAGGAUGUGGACGGUAUGUGAGUCGACAUGCGUAUAAGCACUUUGAGGAAACACAGCAUACCUAUGCGAUGCAGCUCACCAACCACCGAGUAUGGGACUAUGCUGGAGAUAAUUAUGUCCAUCGACUGGUUGCAAGUAAAACAGAUGGAAAAAUAGUACAGUAUGAAUGUGAGGGUGACACUUGCCAGGAAGAGAAAAUAGAUGCCUUGCAGUUAGAGUAUUCAUAUUUACUAACAAGCCAACUGGAAUCUCAGCGAAUAUACUGGGAAAACAAGAUAGUUCGUCUAGAGAAAGACACAGCAGAAGAAAUUAACAACAUGAAGACCAAGUUUAAAGAAACAAUUGAAAAAUGUGAUAGUCUGGAGCACAGACUAAAUGACCUUCUGAAAGAAAAGCAGUCUGUGGAAAGGAAGUGUACUCAGCUAAACACAAAAGUGGCCAAACUCACCACAGAGCUCCAGGAGGAGCAGGAAAUGAACAAAUGCUUACGGGCCAACCAGGUUCUUCUGCAGAACAAGCUAAAGGAAGAGGAGAGGUUGUUGAAGGAGACCUGUGACCAGAAAGACCUGCAGAUCACUGAGAUCCAGGAGCAGCUGCGUGACGUCAUGUUCUACCUAGAGGCACAGCAGCAGAUCAGCCACCUGCCUGCUGGAGCACGGCAGGAAAUCCAAGAGGGACAAAUCAACAUCCCCAUGGCCUCAGCCUCCAGCCCCUCACCUUCGGGGGGCAGUGGGAAAGUGCCGUCCAGGAAGGGCCGCAGCAAGAGGGGCAAGUGACCUCUAGAGAAACAGCCUCAGAGACUGUCCUGGCAUUGCAAGGGUGUGCCAGGAUCUUCAGCAGAGUGGGAGGCCAAGCCCUAAUAAGUACGAGGGAGGGUCAAGCCACAGAGUUUGGCUCUUUCCUUUGCUAGCAUGUGGUGUAGGAAGUGUAGAGCUGUUGUCAGGAGAGCUAAUGACCAUGGGCAGUGUUUUCAAGGUGGUGAGAGUCCUAACUUCCGACAUUCUAACAACCAUUUUGCCUUGCUGCUUGGUAGAUGCCCCACCUCUGCUGUGCAUUUUUCUGUUGUGUUUGUUGAGUUAAAAUAUUUGGAGUUCAUUUCUUGGAGAGGCUUGAAACAAGAAGGUGAUGUUACCCAGCACUGAAGCACUCAACUUCCCGAAGGUCAUAGCCACUGCUUUAAAAGAGCUUCCCGUUGGCUGCUGAGGAGCUAGGGUAGUCCUAGCAUCAGUGCCAUAUCAUUGCUAUCCCUCCAUUCCUCUGGGGGAGUUAAAGAAUUGUUUGAAUGUUAUAUGAAGAGAGGGUGGGUUGCAAAUGAGGCACUGGCUUGUCAUCACGAGCCGUCUCUUGCUCUGAGCUAGCCAAAAAGAACAAGUAGCCCAGGGCCAGUUGAGUAGUCUCACUGUUGGAAAAAUGGUGGCAGUUCUACUUUAUUUUUGGCAACCAUUGUGUACUUCAAGUAAGAGAGGAUUGUCGGGUAUGGUGGUACACAUCUAUAUUCCGAGAUUUGGGAAGCUGAAGCAGGAGGAUCAAUGCCAGUUUGAGGCCAGCCUGAACUGCAUAGAAGACUUUGUCUCAAAAAAAUUGAAAAAAAGGCUUGUAAUGGCUACUCCAGGAUUCAAAUCUGAGUGAUUUUCCUAGCAUCUAGCAAAAAUAAGCAAGGCAAUUUAUCAUCCCUGUGAAAAUGUAGAAUGAGGCUUCUAACUAGCUAAUUCUGUAUUUUGCUAGGAUCAGUGUUUUCUGAAUGUUUACAAAAGAUCAGACUGCAUGUUCAGGUUGCAGCUAGAGGGAGCUUGGGCAGAGUUUCAAUUAUGCUUUCAAGAUAUAACCAAAGGCUGUUUCUAAAUCCUAAAAUUGGAUUUCAACAGAGCCCCUUUUUAAACAGUCAUGUAAUGUUUAUUGUGGGCUAACAGAGGGGCUGUGUACUUUCUCUGGAACCAGAAACAUCAAGUAAUUCUAACAUGGAGCAAUUGAGCAAAAUUGAAGCAAGACCCCUGUUGGAAAUGGGUACGUAGAACAGGUAGCUGGGUAGGUUACCGUUAAAUGAUGGGUUUUGUUUUCUUCAUAAUUAAUCAAAGGUUUUUAAAUAUCAGUGGGUUUUUUUUAAGCCCAUUAUUGAGGCCCGUCCCCUUUGCCCUAAAUGUCUUACGUGUUACUUAUUAACACAUCAGUUGUAUAGCUGAUCCCCAUCCAGUUUUGUGGGAUGUGAAAUGCAGCAUUUCUCAGAAAACCUCACCUGUAUCUUUGAAAGAUGAAUGUACUUAGACAUUCUUAAUUUUUAUUAGGGUAGGCUAAUGCUCCGUGGACUCAAAUAUACAGAGAUCUUAAGCAAGAGUAGAAGUGUAAAGUAUAACCUAAUUCUCUUUCCUAUAGAGAUUCUAUUUUAUUUAAAAUCUAUUUUUACACUAGUUAGAAUCCUACUGUUUUGGCCAAGUACUUUUCUUGCAUGUCUGACCUUGCAGAAGCCGGGGUGGAUCGUAGCAUACUAAUUAAGAGAAUUAGAAGUAGUUUACAAGCUCUCUCCUCUGUCUCAUUAUGAUUGCCUCCAUCGAGAGGCCCUGCCACCAGCUGGAAAGCCGUCUUUCAGCACAGGUGGAAUAAACGCCCAGGAAGGCUGUGCCCAGAGGGGUGAGCAAAUAGGCAAAUAUUUCUGAACUACUUGAAGGUUUAAAAGAAACUUUCCAGGAAAAAAAAAAAAA